UUAUUUAUUUUAGGGAUAGACUUCAAGAUUAAAACUGUUGAAUUACAAGGAAAGAAGAUCAAGCUUCAGAUAUGGGACACAGCAGGGCAGGAACGAUUUCACACCAUCACCACCUCUUACUACAGAGGUGCCAUGGGAAUCAUGCUAGUAUACGACAUCACCAAUGCCAAGAGCUUUGAAAACAUCAGCAAGUGGCUCAGAAACAUAGAUGAGCAUGCCAAUGAAGAUGUGGAGAGGAUGCUGUUAGGAAACAAGUGUGACAUGGAAGAUAAAAGAGUUGUCCCUAAAGCAAAAGGAGAACAGAUUGCUAGGGAGCAUGGUAUUAGGUUUUUCGAAACUAGUGCGAAAGCAAAUAUAAACAUUGAGAAGGCAUUCCUCACAUUAGCAGAAGACAUUCUUCGAAAGACCCCUGUAAAAGAGCCCAACAGUGAAAAUGUAGAUAUCAGCAGUGGAGGUGGGGUGACAGGCUGGAAGAGCAAGUGUUGCUGAACGUUCUCCUAUAUCACCAAUCGCCAUCCACCGCCCCUUUUUUCUCGCUGCAAAACAAACCACUCUGCCCGUUUUUAACCUUAAACCAAUGUUUUGUUCCUCAUCUUAACAAGCUGCUGUCUCCCUUUGUCUUUCUGUUUAGGACAGCUUGCGUACUAUAAUUUUCUCAACAACAUGUAUAGGAAAAUCAUGUCCGUGACUUCAUUUUUAAUGUACCUGCUCAACUUACCACUACUUUUUGGUUGUAUUAUAGUCCCGUUCUUCCUGACAUUAAAACAUAUAGCAAUCAUAUUCAACUCUAUUCUGCAAAUUGUAUAAGAAUAAAAGUUAGAAUUAACAAUUUAUUUUGUACAACAGUGGAAUUUUCUGUCAUGGAUAAUGUGCUUGAGUCACCAUAUUCUCUAGAUACAUCAGCAAAAGAGCCAGGAAAACACUCAUUUUCGCCUUGAGUAUGUGAGUGGGGUUUAUUUUGUCCUGUGCCUUAUGUGGAAAGAAACUUUUGUUUUUCACUUUUUCUUUUUCUCCCCCCCUCCCCUUCUGGUGGAAGCAUGUGCAGGAGACAUACCAUCCAUACUUGACCAUUUUAAAAUACUGAACUCUUUUGUGAUUGCUUUCUGUACUUGUUGGUGUAAUGCAUCGAGGACAAAGGGUGGUGCAAAAAAAAUACUACAUUUAAUCUGCUCUGUCUCCUUUUUGGUGAUCUAGCCAUUCAGAACUGUUCCUGCUGCCAUUUUUUUUUUCUCACUUGCAACUCUUUCCUUUUGCCUGCAUGCUGCUUUUAUUUGCUUUUCUUCAUGGUGUGAUGUGUUAAUUAAAAGGAUGGCAACGUGGUAUGUUUGCCAAAAAUUUAAUACAAAGCACUGACUUAGCUUUCAAGAUAAAAUGUUGAAGAUACCUACUAAUUUCCCUCUAGCCAAUGUCAGUUCACUAGUAUAUCUUCUCUCUCCUCCUGCAUAGCCAUUGGGUUUUAUGAUAUGGAAGAGUUAUUUGCAUGCACUAGUUUUCUAUGGAGGGUGAUGUGGUUGUCUACUUUAUGUGUAUGAAUAUAAGAUGCAAUUCCCAAACUGACAGCAGUUGACAUGAACUUAAAAGUUCUCUCUUACUGUUAGCCUCUCCAACAGGUGGCUCGGUAGCCUAGCAAAAGGCCAAGUAAAACUAGAUUUAAAAAAAAAAAACCAAAACGUUGGCAGUUGAAUUUAUUGCCUCCCUGAAAACUUUCCAUUUCCCAGCGUUAAAAGCUCUGUGAGUCGUUUGUACUUCAGUCAGUCUUGCGCUCACUCCAGAAGUAAUGGGUAUGGAGCGGGUGAUCCACGGAGGGCUUUUGAGUCCCUGCGGUAUUAACUUGCUUUUCCAGUUUGCCGCCUUGCUUUGCCUGUAGAUAAGGGCAUGCUAGCUGUGCUGCUCGUGUCCUAGUGAGGCACCUGCGUUCGGAUAAUUGAACGGCUUCCUUCGUUUCCGAAAGAAAAGGGGGUUGAUGACUGCCAGUCUGACUCUUUGGACUGCUCCUGUUGAACUGGAUGUUCAGUCUGCAACAGCGUUUGUGCUUUCACUUGCCUUGCGUUUAAAAUACUACGUAGGAGAACUUCUCCAGCCAAGGACACACGGAUAUUUUAAACAGACACCUCCCCUCCUCCCCCCCACCCCGCCAAAAGCCUCCCAUUCUACUUUAAAGUUGGACAAGCUCGUGCCUGACUCUUGUCCGCUUGGUUUUUGGACUUUUCUCCGGUAAAUAAUUAAAGUAGUAAAUAAUGCUGAUUUAACUCUAAUGAGAUGACAGUGUUUUAACAUUGAAAUUCUAGUUUUGACCUGCUUUCCGUGUAGUAACUUUACUGAUGUGUCUCCCUUUUCCUCUGUAUUUUGGCAUUUUGUCUCUGUACUUGUUAACCCUUCCCAGUUGAGUGGCUGUUGGGCUAGGGCAGGACACUGGGACGCUAGUUGAUAAAAUCGACGUGGUUUUGUUUCUCACGUGCGAAGCCUGUUGGUCAGCGUUGUAAAUAGACUAUGGCUACCUUUUUGUUAAAGCUGCACUUUCUAACGUUAUCAAAAAGGGAAAAUGGAGAAAUAUACAUCAAUUUUGGUUUUUGUUUUUGUUUUUUUUUUUUGUAUAAUCUUUGUUUUAAACGUGAGCUUAUUAUUUGCGUAAAGGGGGCCCGGCUCCUUCUGUGUAAGUCUGGUGGGAUCCUUUGUAGAAGCUGUGUUCGCUGAAACCGAACAGAGAACAGUCCACUCUCUGGUACUACUAGCUAAAUACUCAGUUUCAUAUUCUACUUAACAAGUUAAUAAACUGAAAUAUUUCUAGAUGGUCUACUUCUGUUCAUAUAAAAACAUGAAUUUUAA